AUGGAGUGUGUAGGCGAUGACAACGAAUACGAGUACGUGUAUGAGAGCGAUUGCCGACCAGCACCCAUUCACCAGCCUGACAAUCUGGCCAUACCAGACGGACAGUUCUGCAAUAACACACUCUACAGGGCUGAUUAUCGUGGCCAAGAUUGCUGCAGGCCCGAUCCCAUUAAACAACCCGACAAUUUAGCUGUUCCCGAUGGCCAAUUCUGUAAUAACACCCUUUACAGAGCCGAUUAUCGUGGUCAGGACUGUUGUAGGCCUGAUGCCAUAAAACAGCCUGAUAACCUGGCCAUUCCGGAUGGACAGUUCUGUAAUAAUACCUUGUACAGAGCGGAUUAUCGGGGUCAGGAUUGCUGUAGACCCGAGGCAAUCAAACAACCGGACAACUUGGCUAUUCCGGAUGGGCAGUUCUGUAACAACACAUUGUAUAGAGCUGACUACCGUGGUCAGGACUGUUGCAGACCCGAAGCUAUCAAACAGCCGGAUAACUUAGCCAUUCCAGACGGGCAAUUCUGCAAUAACACACUCUACAGGGCUGACUAUCGAGGGCAGGAUUGUUGUAGACCC